AAUCUUGAAUUUUGAGAGGAAAUGUUGCAGCCAUGGCAGGGUGGUGAGAAUGUAGGGAAAUUACCAUGUCCUUCGUCCCGGAUGGCUUUGGCAUGGUCGCUUCUCGCUAGAUCUACCCCUACUCCUACUCAUCAACGAGAAACUACAAUCUGAAGGAGAAACUGGCGAGGCAGCCGUGAGUGGGCGAGGGACGCGGUUGGUUGUCAAGUAGGGCUGGUAGCACCAUUCAGGAAUUGCCAUAAAUUGGACUGCUCUACAUUAAAACAGAGAGCGAGCUUGCAAUGCAUGCUGUCCUGGGUGCCACGUUUUGGCUUCACGGGCGUCCACUGGACCCGCAUGUCAGCGCGAGCCUUUCCUUUCCCAAAGGAGCCAGAGUCAGGCCAGUCAUAAUUAUAUGACCGCCAAGAGCAGAGCAGAGCAGUCCGUUCGUCGCCCAAAACCCGCUGCUCUUGGCCAUUCCAUUCGACACUUCCUUCGUCUUCCUGCGAUUCACCCUGGUUUGCUCUCUCUCUCUCUCUCUCUCUCUCUCUCUCUCUCUCGAUUGUAUGUGUGCGCGUUUCAGUUCAGUUUCUUUUUCCGUCUAGGAUCAUCCCCCUUUUAUUUUGAAUAAAAGGGGUCGUCUAAGAUCAUCCUCUGCUCGUGGUUGACUCGACUCAACUAGAAUUCCUAAUUCUCGUCGUAGAUCUCUCCUUCACCAGCCGCCAUUCACUGCUCUUGAUUAGGGUUUUGGGGGUUUUGGCCCUUUUUUCCCCCUCAAGCUUGCGUGUUGCCAUGGUGGUGGGGUUUGAAGCCAGAGGACACGCUUGUCCAGCAUCUUCGCUCUACAAGGGGAAAGGUUCUCUCUCUAUCUAGAGAGAGAAAAAAAAGCUUUACAAGGCGAAAUCCGUAAUGGCCAGAUGCGUUUCUCUGCAGAACUAAAUGGAAUCCUCGGAGGCGGUACCAACUGACAAAGGUCGCAAUCAGGAAGCUCGUGAACUAUCAGUGUGCCAGACGACGGAGGAGCUCAAGACAUGGAAUCUGAACGAACGGCAGCAACAGUUAGUCGACGCCAGUGGGCUCGGCAAUCUGAAAUACAUGGGAGAUCUGGCCAUCAACCGCACUGUGCUCAGGGUAUUUUGCGAGGUUUGGAGCAAAGAAACGAACACAGCAAGAUUCCAUGACUUUGAAAUGGCACCAUCACUCAGGGACACUGCCUACAUAUUGGGAAUUCCGAUCAUAGGCCGUGCGGUGACCACCGGGGCUGUGCUCAACAUGUCGUCAGAAGAGCUGCUCCUCCAAUACCUUGGCCGAGUUCCUGGUUCAAAGGACUGCAGGGGUAGCCGUGUGAAGCUCUCUUGGUUACACUCCAAGUUUAGUCAGCUCUCGGAGCAUCCUACUGAUAAAGAAAUUGCGUGCAAAACAAGAGCAUAUCUCUUGUACUUGAUUGGAGCAACUCUGUUUUCAGACAAAGACAAGGGCUAUGUCUCUCCAAAGUACUUACCACUCUUGUCGGACUUUGACAAGGUACGAGAGUACGCGUGGGGCACUGCUGCUCUUGCUCAUCUUUACAAGGCUCUCUCUAUGUUAGCGUCUUCUCACUCUAUUGCCAGAAAAAGACUAUUCGGCAGCGCCACUCUGCUCAUGGGGUGGAUAUAUGAAUAUAUUCCAGCGAUGCGCCCUGAUAUGGAGGAUGAUCCAGCACUUGUCGUCCCACGAGUAUGCAGGUGGGCCGGGCAUGCAAUCUCCCAACCAGCAAAGGAAGCUUCAGAUAUCAGAAAAGCUUUCAGUCAGCUUCGAGUUUCAGAUGUGAACUGGGAACCUUACAAGGGCAUGGAUCCUGCAUCUAUUCCCAAUAUGUGCUCGGCACCCGAUAGCGUCUGCUUCUCCAGAACAUGGCUGAUCAACUUUAACGUGAGGGAAGUAUAUCUCCCAGAUCGAUUUGCUCGUCAGUUUGGUCAAGAACAGCAUCCGGUCGGCGAUGUUGGUGGGUUCCAGCGACAUCAGUGGAACGCGUCAGUGGAUUGGAGCCUCGAGUAUGCAUCAGAGAUCAAACAUUUCGAGCAGUUGAUCAAUGCUACUCGUCCUGAUCAUACAGCAGUUGCUGCCACUUGUAAAACGACUGAGGAUGUUUUUACGCCAGCGAGCACGGCACGAGAAUUUCCUGGUCUCAAUUUGCUUGCAGUGGUGGAGAGCAUCAAGAAGGAGCUCCCAACCAUCACGCGGUUUCUCGAGCAACGGUCACUUCCCGUCGAGGUAGCCACGUCGUUUGCUCGGAUCCAUGAACUACUGGAGGAUUCUCACUUGAAGGAAGGAAAUGCCGCAGUGGAUGCUGGGGGCGAUGGGACCUCUGAGUUGACUGCACCGCACCCUCCUGCCAUUCCACCGUGUGAAGAAGCGAUCAUCGGCACAGCGGAUCCACAUGGGCCUGUGCCUGAUGAAGCGGCGCAGAACGGCAGCGAUCAUCCUGUGCCGGAAUGCUGUGACAAGCCGACAGGGGAGGAGGAGGAGAAGGGGGAAGACGGCAAGGCGGGGGAAGAGGAGGCAUCGGAAGGGAGCGAGGACAGUGAGGAGGACGGAGGCCAUAAUAAGGGGCGGAAGCGACCGCCGCUUCGGAGGAGCAAUCGAAGCUGCGUGCAGGCCAAGAGGUUCAAGAACCGGGGAGGGAAAGGGUCCCAAGCCUCUGACCCCAUCGUGCUGUGACAGCUGCAUUCAUCUGUUCACUCGGUACCAUAAUAUAAGAACGAUUUUGACACUACUUAUUAUGGGACAGGGGGAGUACCAUUUUAUUGCCGGAUAUUACACUGCAUGUUGCUCUCUUCUAGUUAAUUUUCUGUGAUUUGUUACUCUGAUGUAGUUUUCUGUGAUUUGUUACGCUUAGAUUUAUGCCGGGACGUGGACGGCUAGAUGCCCACACGGGCCAUUUCCCCUCUUAGCCACUUGCAAGAACUAGUGAGAUUUGCUUUGGCAUUGCCGUUUGUUGCUUGGUUUACUAGGAAGAGUCAUCGGUAGCUGAAUAAUGUGAGCGAAAUGAGCUAUUGGUCAUUAACUUCUUUUUCGAGGCAUACCGUAUUUUUAUAAAAAGAAGCAAUCAUUGUUCGGUAGGA